UCAUUUCCCAGAAUUAUCAAUUCUGCAUCAAAACUGCAUUAUUUCAGAGAGAAUCAUGUUAAAAAUUUGCGUAUUGGUGCUUAGUGCUGUGGCAUUAGUUUCCGGCCAUGGCAUGUUGCUAGAUCCGCCAAAUCGUAGUUCACUUUGGCGUUUUGAUAAAACUGCCCUUGUGAACUAUCAAGAUAGUGCGAAUUUUUGCGGUGGUGCUUGGACACAUCAUGGCGUGAAUGGUGGAAACUGUGGUCUCUGCGGUGACAAUUACCGUGAUCCACAACCCCGCAUGAACGAAAAUACGGGUAUCUAUGGCAGUGGUAAGAUUGUAGCUGUUUACAAUUCAGGAGACGUCAUCGAAGUUGAGGCUCUUAUUACUGCUAAUCAUCUGGGAAACAUUCAAUACCAUAUAUGCAAGAUACUGGACUCUUCAAAGCCUGAAAGUGGAGAGGACUGCUUUAUACCGGUGCCAUUUGAAGAUGGGUCUGCUAAAUUCCAAAUUUUAAGCAUUCACAAAGUCGUUAGAAGCAAGCUACGCCUUCCACAGGGUCUUAAAUGUGAACAUUGCUCGUUGAGAUGGACCUAUACUGCAGGUAAUAGUUGGGGUGUGUGUGAAGAUGGGACCGGUGCCAUGGGUUGCGGCAAUCAAGAGACUUUCCGUUCUUGUUCCGAUGUUAAAAUCGUCUAAAGCUAACGUUUAAUGUUGAGAAAAUGUAAAAAUUAAUUCUUUUUGCGCAUUGUACAUGGUUAAUAAAUAUAUUGCAAUCCUUA